CUCCUGUCACAUGACCAUCCUCACAGGUCCUUCAUCCACAAUCGCUUCUUUGCUGCUGAGCUCCGCCCACUCCUGUCACAUGACCAUCCCCACAGGUCCUUCAUCCACAAUCUAUUCUAUCCUGCUGAGCUCCGCCCCCAUAUGUACUGGUCACAUGAUUGUGACAUCAUCACAGGUCCUACACCUCCAGCAUCUAGCAGAUAGAGAGAAGGUCCUGGACGAGCAUAUCGUGGCAAAGAGAUUACAUGAGGAGAAGCUGACCCAGAUGUCUCCUCUUCUCCUGAAUGACCCCCAAGGAUGGACAAGGACAGGAAUGAGAUGACUAAGAGAAUAUUACACUUCACCUUGGAGAUCCUCCACCUGCUGACCGGAGAGGAUUACACAAUAGUGAAGAAGACAUGGGGAGAGUGUGUGGCCCCCAUCAGCCAUCUCCAUGAGUCAGGAGGAAGGAGCAGGGCCCGGGGCCCCAUCAUGGAACCUCCACCUCACUCACUGAUACAUGAGAAGAAGAUCCUAGAACUCAUCCACAGGAUCACUGAGCUGCUGACUGGAGAGGUUCCUAUAAGGUGUCAGGAUGUGGCGGUCUAUUUCUCCAUGGAGGAGUGGGAGUAUGUAGAAGGACACAAGGAUCUGUACCAGGACAUAGUCAUGAUGGAGGAUCACCGGCCCCUCACAUCACAAGAUGGAGUCAUUGAUAGAAAUCCACCCGAGAGGUGUCCCCGUCCUCUGUAUUCCCAGGACUGUCCAGAGGGAAAUGUCCCAGAGAACCACCAGGGUGAAGAUCUGAUGGAUAUUAAGGUUGAGGUUAAAGAUGAACCAGAAGAGGAGACGGAUUUCGUGUCCGAUCAGCAGUAUGGAGUCAUUGAUAGAAAUCCACCCGAGAGGUGUCCCCGCCCUCUGUAUUCCCAGCACUGUCCAGAGGGAAAUGUCCCAGAGAAGCAUCAGGGGGGAGAUCUGACUAAUAAUAAAGUGGAGGAUGAAGAAGAGAGGAUGAGGGGCCAUCACCCGUGUAUGAGGGAAGUGAAGGAGGAAAUUCCAGGAGGUGUUACCCCAGAAAAUCCCAGUAAGAAUUCUGAGGGAAACUUCAUGUUAUCCCUGAAUGAUAAAGGAGAAGAUGAAGAUAUGAUGGAGCGCUCCUCAGGAGAAGACCUCCUUACCCCUAAUGUCCAUCCAGAUCUAUCCUAUAAUAAUCCACCUGAUCAUGAGGAACCUUCUCCUGACCAACCACACAUUGUUACCACAAGGACAGAUCAGAAAGGAGGGAAAAGAAUUCGGUGUGAUAAAUGUGGGAAAGAGUUUACUAAAAGAUCAAAUCUUUUUACACACAGAAGAAUUCACACAGGGGAAAAGCCAUAUUCAUGCUCAGAAUGUGGGAAAUGUUUUACACAUAAAUCAAGUCUUGUUAAACAUGAGAGAAUACAUACAGGAGAGAAGCCAUAUUCAUGUUCAGAAUGUGGGAGAUGUUUUUUAAGUAAAUCAGAUCUUGUUAUACAUGAGAGAAGUCACACAGGAGAGAAGCCAUACUCAUGUUUAGAAUGUGGGAAAUGUUUUUCAUAUAAAUCAAGUCUUGUUAUACAUGGGAGAAUACACACAGGAGAGAAGCCAUAUUCAUGUUUAGAAUGUGGGAAAUGUUUUGUUAGUAUAGGAAAUCUAAAGACUCAUCAAAGAUGUCACACAGAUUGGUUUUGCCCAUCUUCUGGGGUGGUUGUGUGUGGCGUUCCACUUCGUCUGAAUCUCCGACGUAUCCUCUUUUUUGAGCACAGGUCCUUCAUCCACAAUCUCUUCUAUCCUGCUGAGCUCCGCCCCCACAUGUCCUGGUCACAUGAUUGUGACAUCAUCACAGGUCCUGCAGUGAGUUGUGUAGAGAUUGUGGAGAAGGGUGAAGAUCUGAUGGAUAUUAAGGUUGAGGUUAAAGAUGAAGCAGAAGAGGAGACGGAUUUCGGGGCCGAUCCGCAGUGUAAGGAGGGGGAGACUUUUAUUGGUUGUAAAGAUGGAGUCAUUGAUAGAAAUCCACCCGAGAGGUGUCCCCGCCCUCUGUAUUCCCAGGACUGUCCAGAGGGAAAUGUCCCAGAGAAGCAUCAGGGGGGAGAUCUGACUAAUAAUAAAGUGGAGGAUGAAGAAGAGAGGAUGAGGGGCCAUCACCCGUGUAUGAGGAAAGUGAAGGAGGAAAUUCCAGGAGGUGUUACCCCAGAAAAUCCCAGUGAGAAUUCUGAGGGAAACUUCAUGUUAUUCCUGAAUGAUAAAGGAGAAGAUGAAGAUAUGAUGGAGCGCUCCUCAGGAGAAGACCUCCUUACCCCUAAUGUCCAUCCAGAUCUAUCCUAUAAUAAUCUACCUGAUCAUGAGGAACCUUCUCCUGACCAACCACACAUUGUUACCACAAGGACAGGUCAGAAAGGGGGGAAAAGGAUUCAGUGUGAUAAAUGUGGAAAAGAGUUUACUAAAAGAUCAAGUCUUCUUACACACAGAAGAAUUCACACAGGAGAGAAGCCAUAUUCAUGUUCAGAAUGUGGGAAAUGUUUUAAAAGUAAAUCAGGUCUUGUUAUACAUGAGAGAUGUCACACAGGGGAGAAGCCAUAUUCAUGUUCAGAAUGUGGCAAUUGUUUUAUUAGUAAACCAAAUCUUUCAAAACAUGUGAGAAUUCAUACAGGAUAUAUGCCAUAUCCAUGUUCAGAAUGUGGCAAAUGUUUUAUACAGAAAUCAGAUUUUGUUAUACAUGAGAGAAUUCACUCAGGAGAGAAACCAUAUUCAUGCUCAGAAUGUGGGAAAUGUUUUACACGGAAACAGGAUCUUGUUAUACAUGAAAGAAUUCACACAGGAGAAAAGCCACAUUCGUGUUCAGAAUGUGGAAAAUGUUUUAUACAGAAAUCUAAUCUAGCUCAACAUGAGAAAAUUCACACAGGAGAAAAGCCAUAUUCAUGUUCAGAAUGUGGAAAAUGUUUUAAAAGAAAAUCAGAUCUUGUUGUACAUGUGAGAAUUCACACAGUAAAAAAGCAAAAUUCAUGUUUUCAUGUUCAGAAUGUGGGUAAUGUUUCAUAAGUAAAUCAUAUCUUGUUGUACAUGAGACAUUACACAGGAGGGAAGCCAUAUUCAUGUUCAGAAUGUGGUAAAUGUUUUAGAAGUAAAUUAUAACUUUCUAGACAUGAGAGAAGUCACACUGGAGACUGAUAGAUGAAAUAAUAAAUGAUAAAAAUAUAAUAAUAUGGAGAAUGGAAAUCUGAGAUCUCAGGUAACAGUAAAAUGUGAUGUUUCUAAGUUCUGUUGUGAGAAUUAACCCUCGAAUCAACUUCAUAAUGAAACCUAAGCAGAAGCUAAAGCCAACAUCAUCUCUUGGUCAUCAGCUCCUGGGGUCAUGUGACCUUUGUAGGUAAAUAACGGUAAUGAGAAGUAAUAUGUAAUGCUAUUGUGUAUCAUUUAGUAGUGACUUGUAGCUCUACACUACAGUAUGAUUGGAUGAUUUCUAUGGAUGAUAAUGAUUGGUGAUUACUAUGUAUUACCUCGGCCUCAUUUCCAUUAGAAAUAUUACUGAUUGUAUCUCAUGUGUCACUUCUGUCCUAUCAGGAUCAGGACACUUCUGUGUUGUCACCAAUAACCCUUAGGCCGGGGUCACACACAGGAUUUUGGUCAUAUUGUGUUAGAAUUCUUCUUAUAAUGGGAUUAGUCAUGUGAUGCGGUGUUAUUAGUGUGUAUGGGGUGUGAUGUCUUCUCUGAUUUACAGGACUGUACAGCGACUGACGUGGUCUGAUACAAUUCUGUAAAUGGAGGAGCAGACUGAUCAGUAUGGACCUGUGUAUAGGGAAGAGACACCGGAGUGAAGUGGUAACCAAUCCCGUCCAUCAGUCAGGAUAGCGCUCUUGUAGGUGACUGGGAGAACUGGUUCAUGUGGUCAGGAGUGAGAUAGACAGGUCCCAUAUGGUGAAUGUAUGCAGCAUGUCCUGGGACUUCUAGUCUUUGUUGCUCUUUUUUUCUGUGCCUUUCCUUUUCCUGAUGUCCUCCGCACAGCUCACAUACGCCCCCGCUACUUUAUGGCUGAGGCCGGGGUUACACUCAGGUUACACACUAGGGCCACAUCUCCCAGAUCUCUAUAAAUUACCUCCACAUUGCUGUCAUUCUGGGGAAACAUCUAAAGGGUUAAUAAACUCACAUAACUUUAUACACUGUGAGCGGUGCAGGUCUUAGAAUGAAGUCUAGAGGUGGUGGCCGGAUGAUGGGACCCAAUGAAAGGACAAGAAGAAGAAUGCAGGAAAUGGGGGAAGAAGAGAAGAGGGAAGAAUGAAAGGAAAAGGGGAAAAGGCAAAAGGAAGAGGAAGAAACCUCACGAAUCCAACACCACCAACUACCCUGACAGGAAGGAAGGACAGGUCCGGAUGAGGGCACAGGACUAGGCUGGGUUAGGUAGAGAGGGGAACGGGAGUCGGGGGAGGGCACAAACUCAAGCCAGAGACCCCACAGGAGAUGGAGUUUCCCAAUAAGUGAAAUUUACAUUUACUGUGAUAUUUACUGAAGCCAGUCUAAAAUGGUGGGGGAUAAGAGGACUUCAACAGUCUAGGGGGUCACAGUCCUUGGGGCCAGGAGGAGAAAUCGUAUUAACCAUGCCGUCCAGCAAGAUAUGGAGCCCGGGAGUAUAGAGAGUAAGCGAGGGUCUGGAUAGAGAGGGGCAAGGAGGUGAGUCCCCUGAGGAGGUCAAGUACUUGAGGACUAAACAAGUGACAUUAAGGACAGGAGAGAUAUUAUUAGGCAAAGUUAGAUAGAUGGGGAGAGAAGAGUGGGCACUCUGUGCCACCUAGUGAGGGUCUUGUCAUUGGUCUCCUGGGCUCUGUAAGAGAUAGACGUCUUAAUACACAGGAGCACUUGUGCCAGUCCUCACUACUGAUGGAGCGUCCCAGAUCUUUCCCCUCAUGGGUCGGAGGACUGGAGGUGAGGAAACACAGAAGAUUUGGAAUGGUAGGAGGGGGUGAUGGAAGUGAAGUCUGUCCUUGGGGGUGUCCUAGGAAUACUUUAGUUACAAAUAUAUGAAAGAUAUGUGACAUAGAGGAGGCACGUUAAUAUCGGAUAAGGGUUCAGAUUGUCAGGACCUAGAAAAUGUGAGAAAGUCAUCUGACCACCCUACUAAGACCAAGAAAGAGACCGCUGAGCAUGCCGGAGGGGAGUCCGUGCUAAAUAAAAUAGGGGUCAGCGGGAUAAAGGUCUGAACACGUCAGGUAGGUAGUACCCACAUGGGCUGUGGAUGCCAUGUUUGGUGGCAGUGUAGCAAGAAAAUGUCUCUUAUGUAGUCUGCCAUCUCUCCCACAAUCAUCGUGAACCCUUUUGGAGCCAUAGAAAGACUAAACAGCAGAAUCUCAAACGCUGAACAUACCCUGAAGCCUUACAGCCACUCUCAGGCCCCUAUAAUCUUCCCUGUCUGUAGACACAUGGUAGUACACACCUUAUAUGUCCAAUACUGACAG